ACUCUUUCGUGAACCAUACUUGGUCUCUCUCUCUCUCUCUCUCUCUCUCUCUCUCUUAUCCUCCCCAUUUUGUUUAUCUCUGAUAUUUGAAGCUUCAUUAAUUCUUCAAUGAAUUCUUGAAAUGCUAUCUCUUUCUCAUCGAUUCUUUUUUUUCUUCUUCUUCUUCUUCUCUUGGUUGUGGGAAAUUGAAGACCCCAAAUAGAAUACACAUGCAUGUCAUAAUCUCGUAAGAAGAAAAUGAAGGAUGGCUUCAACAUCUCUCGAUCCAAGGUGAACGAACCAAAAAGCCAUGACAAGGUCUAACGAAGGAGUUAAUCAUUACGAGGUGAACUUGUGCGACCCACCGAGAAGCUUUGCGACAGCUUUCAAGUCCGACGUCAAAGAGACCCUCUUCCCCGACGACCCUUUCCGGCAGUUCAGAAAUGACCCUCACCUCCGGCGAGCCUAUAAGGCCCUCCAGUACUUCAUCCCCGUCCUCGACUGGCUCCCCAGAUACAACCUCCGCCUUUUCCGCUACGAUCUCCUCGCCGGCAUCACCAUUGCCAGCCUCGCCAUCCCUCAGGGCAUCAGCUACGCCAAGCUUGCCAACAUUCCCGUCAUCAUUGGCCUUUAUUCGAGCUUUGUUCCGCCGCUCAUAUAUGCUGUUUUCGGGAACUCAAAGCACCUCGCAGUUGGGCCGGUGGCGGCGUCGUCUCUGCUCAUAGCCGCCACCAUCGGAGAAAAGGUUUCGGUGAAGGAUAAUCCAACGUUGUACCUUCACCUUGUUUUUACAGCCACCUUCGUCACCGGCGUCUUUCAGGCGAUUCUCGGCUUCUUAAGGUUAGGAAUUUUGGUAGAUUUUUUGUCUCAUUCGACGAUCAUUGGAUUCAUGGGAGGGACAGCGACUCUAAUUUGUCUCCAACAACUGAAGGGCAUGUUAGGAUUGAAACAUUUUACUACCAAAACCGAUGUGAUUUCGGUUAUGCAUUCAAUCUUUAGUAAUAGAGAUGAGUGGAGGUGGGAGUGUGCAGUUGUGGGUGUAUGCUUCCUUGCCUUUCUCCUCUUCACUAGGCACCUGAAAAAGAAGAAUCCAAAGCUAUUUUGGGUAUCAGCGAUAGCUCCAAUGGUGGUAGUUAUUAUUGGUUGUAUCUUCGCUUAUUUUUCUCACGCAGAAAAACAUGGAAUUCAAAUUGUGGGUCAUCUGAACAAAGGAUUAAAUCCUCUUUCUAUUGAACAUUUAAACUUUGACGCCAAGUAUAUAUCAGCACCAUUGAAAGCAGGGAUCAUUACAGGCAUUUUGGCUCUAGCUGAAGGGAUAGCAAUAGGAAGGAGCUUUGCAAUCAUGAACAAUGAACAAGUUGAUGGAAAUAAGGAGAUGAUAGCUUUUGGGCUCAUGAACAUUGUUGGGUCUUUCACUUCAUGCUACUUAACUACUGGUCCAUUCUCAAAAACUGCUGUAAAUUUCAAUGCUGGGUGUAAAACAGCCAUGUCAAAUGUAGUAAUGUCAAUAUGCAUGAUGCUAGUUUUACUGUUCUUGGCCCCUCUCUUCAGUUACACCCCUCUCGUCGCUCUCUCUGCAAUUAUCAUGGCUGCAAUGCUCGGACUCAUAGAAUACAACGAGGCUUAUCGCCUUUUCAAGGUCGACAAGUUUGAUUUCUUCAUUUGCAUGGCUGCCUUCUUCGGCGUUGCCUUCAUUAGCAUGGAUAUUGGCCUUAUGCUCUCUAUAUCAAUUUCAGUACUGAGGGCACUUCUGUAUGUGGCUAGACCUGCACCUUGCAGGCUAGCGAACAUUCCAAGCUCAACACUGUUCCGCGAUGUCGAGCAGUAUCCCGGGGCAGAAGAAAUCCCAGGAAUCCUAAUUCUUCAACUUGGCUCGCCUAUUUACUUUGCAAACUGCACUUAUAUAAGAGAAAGGAUUUCAAGGUGGAUUAAAGAGGAGCAGAUGGUUUCCGAUUCUAAUGUGGGUGGUAUUGAGCACAUUUUACUGGAUUUGGGAGGAGUUACAUCCAUUGACAUGACCGGCAUAGAAACCUUGCUCGAAAUCCAAAGAAACAUGGUGAUUAAUGGGAUUAAGAUGGCAAUUGUAAACCCAAGGAUUGAGGUCAUGGAGAAGCUGAUAAUUUCAAAAUUUGUAGACAAGAUUGGGAAGGAAUAUAUAUUCUUAUCAAUUGAAGAUGCCAUCAAAGCAUGUCAGUUUUCACUUAGCAGAUCAAAAAUGAAAAGCAUUUCAGAAGACUCUAAUAUUGCAUGAUUAGGACAAUAGUUACAAUGCAUUUAUGGGAGUUCUCAAACUGUAAAAGAGAUCAAUCCUCCUUUAGUUUAAGGUUAAUUAGUGCUACCAAAUCAUCAAUUGGGCAGGGGAUUGAAUUGUUGUAUUUUACUUGUUUUCAUAAAUAUAAGAUAGUGUAUCUAGAGUAGCAGUUAGAUUUCAAUACCAAUGAGCUUGACGUCGUGAACUA